AUGAUGGCAAACAAUAUUGAUUUCAGCUCCCUGAAGGCUAGGGCUAUCGGUUCUGGUCUUGACGAAGAGGCUGUUACGGUUAACACUCGAGCUCUGAUUGAUAAAGUGCUGGCUCGAUACUCUGGAGAAUGGACUGUGCUACGAGAACUGCUUCAGAAUGCUGCCGAUGCCUCUGCCACUCGCGUGGUCAUUAAGCUGGAAACUACGCCGUCUACGACAGUGCCUGCGCCGAUUUCCACAGAUGAUAACACUCUUAUAAAACAUGUCAUAUCACAUCACACCAUAAAACGGCUCACGCUACGAAAUAAUGGAACUCCAUUCAACGCUAAUGACUGGGCUCGGCUGAAGCGGAUCGCGGAGGGAAACCCAGACGAGACAAAGAUAGGAGCUUUUGGCGUUGGAUUUUACAGUGUAUUCUCUGAUUGUGAAGAACCCUUUGUUUCCUCGGGCAAGGAGGCGAUCGCAUUUUACUGGAAAGAGAACGCGCUCUUCACCCGUCGCUUAAAGCUAGACGAGAGAGACUGCAGCCCAGAUACGGUCUUUGUGCUUGACUAUAGAAAUACCAGCUCGCCGGUACCUGGGCUCAUGUCACUCUGCCAGUUCCUUGCAAGUAGUCUCACGUUUGUUGGACUAGAAGCUAUAGAACUUUGGCUCGAUAAUUGGAACUUGUUAAAAUUGUCAAAGAAGCUUGCCCCGAGUGUUCUGGUAACGAUACCCAGAGACAUAGCAACUAAGACUCCAGAUGGAAUAAUGAGGAUAGCCGAUAUUACGCGAGAGGUCGCGCAGCUAGAUGCGGCUUGCAUGAAAGCCGUUGGCUGGAAAUCUCCGUCCAACUCGUCCAGAUACGAGGGAAACCGGGUGCAUGACACCACGGCAUCACUAAGGAGCUUUUUCUCUCGACUUACUGGCUCAUCUACAGGCGAUGACAAACUGACUAAAUCUGAGAGAUCCGGCCGAAACGGCGCUGAGGAAGCCCUCGUUUCUUACAAUACAUCGUCAGUAUUUCUGCAAAUUACCACUGGCCAUAUAAAAACUUCAGUUACCUCGUCGUUUAGCCGUGAGCUGGAACGUGCAACGAAGAAACCUCCUCCAAAAACCACGAAGCUUGCGAUACUUACCUCGUCAUACACGGCAUCUCCCUCCUCAGAAGCGCCGGAGGGUCAGGAUAUCUUUAGCAGUGUCAUCCCAUCACGUUCCGGAAGAAUUUAUAUUGGUUUCCCGACCCAUCAGACAACAGGUUUAAACGCUCACGUUUCUGCGCCUUCCUUGAUUCCAACUGUGGAGCGUGAGAGCAUUGACUUGAAUGCUCGAUGGGUUCGCACAUGGAAUCUUGAGCUUUUAAAGGCUGUUGGAAUCGUAUGCAGAAUUGCUUGGUCUGCUGAGAUGUCAUCCUUGAAGGAUCAACUUCUGUUCAGGCUUAAGCAGGCUGGAAAAGCUACUCUUCAGAUUGAAGAUAUUAAUGCAGUCCUUUCGGAGGCCAUUCAUAUAUCUAAUCAGUUUGUCUUUCGGGAGUCAACUCCCACUUCCCAGGUAGGGCAGGCGGUUGAAGAUUCGUUUUGGACAUGUAGCCAAAAUGCUUACCUGGAGAUACUAUCCACUCGUGGUAUUCUUCCAAGCCACCAGGUCCGGACUGCGCCAAAGGACCUUAGUUUUAUGGACGGAAUCCCUGUCCUCCCCGAGAGGCUGGUGCUUGAAGCUAAAGGGUUCAUCGGGAGAUUAAUCGAAUUUGGGUUAAUCACUGAAGUUACAAUAUCUGAUAUGAAGACUGAGCUAGAAAAUAAGGCCUUGACCUCAUCGCAGCUUCAUGAAUUUAUCUCUUGGAUCAGCCGAAAAUCCGUUAGUGGAGAAAUUAAUCAAUCUACCGUCAAAGCUCUUCUUGGAGUUGCCGUGGCCAACAAUGACGAAGGCGACAGCGGCCCGGCGCUGCUUGUGUUAAGAGACAUUAGCUGCUUUGCUAACUUAAGUCGGAUACCCUUGGAAAUGCCAUUGCCUCCAUUUGUUUUACCGCCCAAAUACUCCAAAACCCUGUCACCAAAUGGCUUAACUUCAAUUGGCUGGCAGGAAUUGCAAGUUGAUGCCUGGGUGCAAUGGUUGGUACAUAACGCUUCUAACCGCGCUCUUCUAUCAGCGGAGCAGGAUAUCACACGCUCACAAAGCUUCUCUGCCCGUGUUCUUCCGGUCAUCUCGAAACAAUGGGACAUCCUGUCACCUACCUCGAAAAUGGGACUUAUUGAUGUUCUGCGGCAACAUACAAUUAUUCCUACAAAGGGAGGGAUGCGAAAACCCCAGGAAGCAUAUUUCCCAUCCGUCCGAAUUUUCGACGACCUUCCAAUUGUCACGGGCUUAAACAGCGUCAAGGAGAAAUUUCUCGUUUCUCUGGGUGUGCGGAAAACUGUAGACAUCAGCAUUAUCUUUGAGCGUCUCUUAAGCGGCCCUGAAAACGGGACAGACGCAAGUGAAGGAAGCCAGGGGAAAUGGAGUCAUGUCGAAUUAAUCAAGUACUUGGCGUCUGUCCGUCAGGACAUACCCCCGGAAGAUACGAUAAAACUCCGCAAGGCUAGAAUAUGUUCUGCUGAGGUGAGAGGGGAAGAGAAACCUUCCCGUCAGCGUUACCAAGUCUCGCAACUAUUCGAGCCGAAUGAUGCUCUAAGGGACUUGGGCUUCCCACUCUUGUAUUGGCCAGGGAAAUACGUUCCAUUAAGCCCUGAAGGCAGAUUCUUAUUAUCCCUAGGUCUAAAGAGCGUACCAACUGCCCCAGAAAUGAUCAAGGUCAUGGCGGAUGCUGCAGCUGCAAAUGACAUGAAACUACGAGACAAAGCUAUGGGUUAUUUUAUUACCCAUCACGUAUCCAACAAUUAUGCCAGCUUCGACUAUAGUCAAUCAACUGCCCCCUUUCUUCCUAUUGAGGGCGGAGGUCUAAGCAAUCCUUCCAAUUGCUUUACUGCUGAAGGGGCUGCGUUAUUUGGGUUCGAUAUUCUUCGAAGGGAUUUGCACCCCCAUGCUUUAAAAUUUGGUGUUAAUCAACACCCUUCCAUUAACGAAUGUAUAACCAUUCUUAUCCGAAAACGUCCAGAAUCAAAACCUCAAGCGAAAGCCUUGUUUAAAUAUAUGGCAAGCCGUGUUGCGGAGAUAAAUCCAGCAUCCGCCGCCCGCCUUGGGCAAGCUCCAAUCGUUCCCAUAUAUCGGAAAUCCCUAACCGAAAAGGGCACUACAACGAUACAUUAUGUCGCGCCCCGUGACUGCUAUCUUGGUGACUCUGAGGACUACGGCGAUAUUUUUGAAUUUGUGGACUUCGGUUCUGAAGGAAACUUGUUUCUCCUUUCGUGUGGCUCCAAGCGACAGCCAACACACUGCGAAUUGGCGUCUAUUUUGGUCAAAGAACCUACGAGGAUAUCUUCUAAACUUCAAAGCUCUGAGAAAUACCUAAGACUGCUACGAGGGAUUGCGGAGAACCUUUCCACCAUCAAGAAAGAUAAAAGCCUUUUUGCGGAAAUGAAAAAAGCACCGUUUCUAUUCGCUAGUAAAGAAAUUCCUCGCACGCCAACGGCAAAGAAGUCACUCUUAGAUACCGGAGAAUUCAGCGAUGAGGAGGAUGAAGAUCAAGCCAUCAAAGAGUGGCAUUUGACGAAGGCAGCUGAUGCUGUUAUUGUGGAUGAUUACUCCAGCUUUAGUCUGUUCAAAGAGAAGCUGCUUGCGGCUCCACAAGAAGAGUUACUCGAAGAUAUGUAUUCCACUCUGGGCUCUCCAAAUUUGAGUAGCUUGGUCGACGAACAGGCCCAAUGCGGCCGACUCAGUUCAGAUCAGCGCAGCGCAUGGAAGCUACAAAGGCACAUCUACGAACGGUCGAGGCUUUUCUUGCAUGAUCUUCCACGCGAUACGAUACGACAUGACACCCGAUGGUUAGAAAAAAACCUAAGCGUGCAAAUGGUACAGGGAAUAAAGCUGCGGCGCUCUCUACGAGGUUGGGGGAUGUCGCAUGUGGAAGACCGUAGUGCGGUGAUGAUACAGAAACCCAAUAGUAUUGUCCUUUCAAUUUCGGAGGGACGACCCGAUUUAUAUCAGGUCAGCCAGGCCCUUGUAAGUACGAUACUAUUGAGGCCUAAACUGCACUCUACUCUCACCCUGGAGAUGCUGUUGAAGACAGAUCUCCUCGAGCUCCGCGCAAGGGGGUAUAAUGUUGAAAGAAUUCUUCGGCAGAAGGCAGCAGAGGCAAGAAUUGCUGAGCAGCAGCGACAGGACCAGCAUGAAAAGGAGAGGCAACAAAUGCAGCAGAUGCAAGAAAUGGAACAAAAGAGAAUGCAAGAACUUGAGGAAUCGCAGCGGCAAGCUGUUCAACAACAACACGAAGCAGCUAUGCCUGGAUUUUUCCCGGGCUCCCCAACAAAUUCUCUAACCAGACGUCAACCUCCGCCUGUGCCUGCAGCUUCAGGCGAAAACCAUCCGCCACCAGGUCUCUUUUCAGAUUUCGCGAAGCGAUUUGGUCUGAAUGACUAUAUCCAGAAGAAGCCACUUGAGACCGCGCAGAACCUAAAAAAGCGCCUGUCUGACAAAUUUACUCCCAGUGAUGAAGGUACCAAGGAUCCUAAUCAGCUUGUCACUACCUCCCCAGAAGCAUUACAGUCACAAUUGCUAUCCGCCAUCAAUGCUUCACGGCCAUUCACAUCGAAUGAAAUGCGUAGCCAGGGUCAGCAAAAAGAGAUUGAAGAAAAGAAAACAUAUUGUGAUGAACGCCCUGCUCAUGAUUUGAAAUUCCUCUGUGUCGUAGGAGGAGUGAAGGCAUUCAUUGGAAAGGAGUUCAAUGACCCAGACAGCUUUCUUCGCGCUAAUCACGCUAAUAUGGUGAUAUUUACGGCAAUACUCAUAGACUGUGCUAAGAUAUUCAAUCUUCGUCUCGAGACUCUCAGCAUAUUUUAUGAGAAUAGCGGUAAGACCAUUGCUUUCAACUCAAGCGGCAGCUUGUUCUGCAACUAUGCAUAUUUCGAGCGCCUCCACCUCGAGAAAGUGGCUCGGGGUGACCGGAAAGAAGGACUGGUGUAUUGGUUUGUGAUUCUCUGCCAUGAACUUGCCCAUAAUAUUGUGGCCGAUCAUGGGCCAGAACAUGGUUUUUAUACGUAA